UCAUCCGGCCAGCUGCUCUAAUCCGGCCGCCCUUCCAAUUACGGCAACGUUGUUUGAAUCCCAUUCAGGAGAACUGGAACGCCGAGGCGCGAGCUUGGAUCGCGUGCCGCGCAGCGGCGCUGCCCUCCUCCCUAAUCCCAUAAAUAGCCAGAGACGCAAAAAACAAGGUAAAUGAGAGCGCGCGAGCUUGUGGGAGAAGAGGCGGCGAGAGGGCACAAGAAGAGAGGAAGACGGGCACAGAGCAGCGGCGACAAUCCUUUCACCUUUCCCCUCGCAUGCCAGCCCUCCCCUUCCCCCGCACACUAGCGCGCGCACGUACCUCUACCCUCUCACCGUUACCUCGAGAGAUUCGCGCGCUCGUCCGGCGCACGGCGCGCGCGCAGCGAUUCAGACGCGAAGUGGCGCCAACUUUCUCUUCGUCGACCCUGUUUCUCGGCCGCGGGCGGCUGUGCGCGCGCGCGCCGGAGUUGGGACCUGUACGCGGCUGCCUGGCCAGACCCGGAGCCGCGUCGCGUGGCCGCGAAUCUUUUGGUGCCGACUCCGUGGGCGGCGGACAGACCAUGAGCGCGCGGAGGUAGUAGCGGCUCACGGGGCAGGGGCGGUCCGCUGGAGUCGCCACGAUGCUGCUAUGCCGUCGGUCGCGGGACCCGGGAGGACAGCACCAUGAGUCCGGCCAGCAGUGGCGGCGACGGCCCUGGAAGAGCUUCGUCGGUCGCCCGUCCCGGUGCCGCCGAGCGCCGCUUGCCUCACGGCCAGCGCGGACGGCGGGCUUCGACGCCAACGCCGCUGCCUCAGCCGUUGCGACGUGGCACUGGGACGUCGUCGCCGGCCUUGGCCACCGUUGUCUGUUGCUUUCUCGUCACCUGGACCAGGAAGCGUCUUGCCUUACCACAACUACACCGUCAUGGAUGCAGCCCGCUCCGUCCCGUUCCACCACGAGCAACCGUCCGACCUGCCGAAAGCCACGUUGCUUCCUGGGUGGGCCGACUCUACAGGCCGAAGGCAGCCGCUCGGCUCGAGGCAUCAUGGCCAACACCAGCAGCCUCCUGGAUAGCCUGCUCUCGGAGAAGAACUACAACCGCCAAUUCAGACCAGGAUUCGGAGGUCCCCCCACGGAGAUCCUCACGGACAUUCUCAUCAGAAGCUUCGGACCGGUGUCGGAAAACGAGAUGAUGUUUUCGAUGGACUGCUACUUCCGGCAGACGUGGUACGACCGCCGGCUCAGCUUCCACGGCGACAUUAAGGUGCUCUCGGUCAGCUGGCAGUUUCUGGAGCUCGUAUGGACGCCAGACACGUACUUCUUCAACGGCAAGAGCUCCUACCUCCACAAGGUCACCGUGCCAAACAAGUUCGUCCGCCUGUUCCACGACGGUCGACUCAUGUACUCCAUGAGGCUUACCAUAAAAGCAAGCUGCCCUAUGCACCUCCGGAAAUACCCACUGGACAUGCAGGCCUGUCCGCUGGAGAUCGGAAGUUUUGCCUAUUCGUCGAAAGAAGUGGUGUUCAAGUGGAAAGGUCCCGAACCGGUUGUGAUAUCACCCGACGUCACCCUGUCACAAUAUGAGUUUCUCAACAUCACAGUGACCAACUUGACUACGUAUGGACCCGGCGGCGAAGUACGUUCUUCACUCAAGGCUCGCUUCAUCCUAAGCCGCAGACGUGGCUACUUCAUCCUUCAAAUUUACGCACCAUGCUCCAUGAUCGUCGGUGCCUCCUGGGUUGCCUUCUGGAUCAACCGCAGCGAUGCCGCUGGCCGCGUCGCUGUAGGCGCCACCACAGUGCUGACACUGGUGACGAUGGGCUUCGGGGGCCGUGCGUCGCUCCCCAAGGUGGACUACGCGACGGCCCUCGACUGGUUCAUCAUCAUGUGCUUCACCUUCGUGUUCACGGCACUCGUCGAGUACGCAUGCGUCAACUACAUCGAGCGCUUCCUCCUCAACCGCGAGCGCAAGCGACUCGAAGCCCUCGCUCAGAAGGAGGAGCGUCGGGAUCUUGCUAAGGAGCUCAAGGAACCCGGCCAGGAGGAAACGGCGGACAAUGCGGCGUCCGACUCGGAAAACAUCCGGCUCCGCCUCGAGCAGGCCGAGGAGGAAGUGGCGGCGGCGGCGGGAGCGGAAGACGCGUCCACGCGGCGAAACCGCCUCCGUCGCGGGGUCCCCGCACUGGGCCUGGCACGAUUCGGCUUCCGCUGGUGGGGCCCCAAGCAGCGGCUGGGCGACAGCCACCCGGACACGGCGUACGCGCGCUGCAGUCGUGGCGUCGGCGGCCCCGCGCCGUCCGCAUCAUCCUCGAGGGAGCAGCGCCUCACUCCGAGCGAAGUGGCCGGUGAAUUGGACGCCUGGGCGCGCAUUAUCUUUCCCCUCACGUUCACCGUGCUCAAAGUCAUGUACUGGACGCUGUUCCUCUACUUUGUGGACGACGAAAUCUCCGAGGACCCGCCUUCGCAAAACUGAAUCUCUCUAUUUACCCCCCUUUCUCCGUCUCUCGCUCUCUCACCUUUCGUUUUUCUUAUUUCUUUUUUAAUCCCGUGUACGAGAUGCCCACCGCCCGUCUUAAGGCGCCUUCUCUCUCCUGUUAAACGUUCGACUUCUUACGAGGACGCUGUGCGCCACGUUUUCUCUCCGAGUCUGUCACUCUACGUGACAGCUGACUCCUUUGUGUGCGUGGUCCCGUGUGAAUCGGUGUUUUCUUUUCUCUGUGGCGUUAAACUGUAGUGCGGCAUGUGCUGCCACGAUGCUGUCCGCGUGCGCCGCCGCACGUGCUGGGAGUUCGUGAUCACGCGACGAACAGUGUUCCCGUGAGGAACGCCGCGCGCACUCACGUCCCUUUCGGGGAACAACAAACCGCUGGAAGAAGACGAAGGAGAGGAUUGGAGAACGGAAGCGUUCAGCGCCGACUUGUGCUCUUAAGUCACUGCCAUCAUACUCGGAAACCGGCUACGUUUCCUUUUUUUCUUUGAGCAUUGGUGCGCUGAAAGCUUCGCAAUUGGAUUUUUCUAUCGAACGCGGCUCCCCGCAUUGAUGGAAGAAAACAAUGCCACGUGGAUCCAAUGCAAGUGCUG